AUGCGGGAUGAUAUCGCCUACAACAACAAAAGCGCCAUCCUUAUCGGCGGUCACAGUGCCUUUACCGUCAGUAUCUGGUGGUUCGAAAACAUGACGGCGUUCCUCAAUGUUCUCUUCACCAUACAGAACGAACUGGCUACGGAAAUUGUGAAGUCACUUGACGAGUCCUCUCGCCUGUCGUCCGAUGAGAUCUCGCUCAGUAUAACGCUGGUCUGCGUGUUUGUGCUGCUAGCGCCCAUUAUCGUCAUCUCGGUUCGAAUCCUUCUCCUGGAUAUACAGAAAUAUGCAAAUUCCCUCUCGGAGCAGUCUAAGGAAUUAAAUCAGGAGAGGAAGAGGGCGGAGUCUCUGCUGUAUCAAAUGUUGCCAGAACAGGUUGCUAAGCAACUGAAAGAAAACAACACGGUACCAGCUGAGAGUUAUGAGGACGUGACCAUAUUUUUCUCCGACGUCGUGGGCUUCACCACCAUCGCCGCCUCCUGCUCGCCGCUAGAGGUCGUUGACCUCCUAAACAACCUGUACACGUGCUUUGACCGGCGUCUGGAACUGUAUGACGUGUACAAGGUGGAAACUAUAGGGGACGCGUACAUGGUCUCGUCAGGUGUCCCUAAACGCAACGGUAGAAAACACGUGACACAGAUAGCCAACAUGGCGCUGGAUCUCUCCCAUCACGCCGGUCAUAUAGGUAUCCCACACUUACCUGGGAGGAACCUCAGCUUACGGGCCGGGAUACAUACAGGUCCAGUCGUUGCCGGGGUGGUCGGGUCCAAGAUGCCCAGGUACUGCCUGUUUGGCGACACGGUCAACACUGCCAGCAGGAUGGAGUCCACCGGAAAAGCGGAUCGAAUUCAAGUAUCGACAGCAACAUGUUCAGCGUUGGAAUCGUUGGGUUGCUACAAUUUAGAUUGCCGAGGUCAUGUCGAGGUCAAGGGAACACCUGGAUCCACCACUCCUCUCCCCACCACACAAGACACACCUGGACUUAGCACCACAUCACAUGAAACCAACAACGGUUCCCCGGAAUUAAGUUUCAUCCAGGACACCGACCCCAUCAAUCUGGUCAGUAACGGCACCUCCACGGUGGUCGGCAGUGUCCACGGGGCCACGCUGAUCACCUACAGGAAGGUCCCGAGAAAGGUCAGCAGGCAGGAGACGGUGAUGGUGGUUAUGGAGUUCGUCCUUCAAAAGACGGACAGACUAGUUCUCCAGGGUAAGGGCAUGAUGCAGACCUACUGGCUGCUGGACAAGGCGGGGUUCGAAGUCGGGUUUCCAUGUGUCCCCGGGUGCCUGAAAUUUAACGACGUCCAGACUACACGACUGACCACAGCACCGAGCGACCACAUGGUUCCAGAGAUCAGCUUUGACAAGGCCGGUAACUAG